AUGGUCAGAAAACGUAGUGAAGGGUCUGAGGUAAAGCCUUGGAACACCAUGAUACCCCAAAGAGAGAACAAACAGGCAUCACCCCAUCCCAGUGGAUUCCUAGACCUUACCCUAAUCCAGGUUUGUUCUGUAAGACCUUGGUGCAUCACGAUAGCUGCCCCUGGUCAGCACCAAACACCCAGGAGGGCAGCAGACAGCCUGGGGACAAUGCAUGUGACCAGCCCUCUCAUCCCCAGCCUGGAGCCCCACGUGGCUUUAGCCCGUGAGCUGCUUCUGGCUGCACUGGAGGACCUAAGCCAGGAGCAGCUGAAGCGCUUUCGCCACAAGCUCCGGGAUGCGUCCACAGAUGGCCGCAGCAUCCCGUGGGGACGUCUGGAACACGCAGAUGCAGUGGACCUCGCAGAGCAGCUGACCCAUUUCUAUGGGCCAGAUCUAGCGCUGGACGUGGCCCGCAAGACGCUCAAGAGGGCAGAUGUGCGCGAUGUGGCAGCGCGUCUCAAGGCUCAGCGGCUCCAGAGGCUCGGCUCCAGCUCUUCCGCGGCGGCGCUCUCUGUGUCUGAAUACAAGAAGAAGUACCGCGAGCAUGUGCUACGACAGCACGCCAAAGUGAAAGAGAGGAACGCCCGCUCCGUGAAGAUCACCAAGCGCUUCACCAAGCUGCUCAUCGUGCCCGGAGGCGCUGCGCCCGCGCAGGACGCGCUGGGGCCGGAGGAGGCGCUGGAGCGCGCCCGGCGCUCCGACACGCACACCUUUAACCGGCUGUUCCGCCACGACGAGGAAGGCCAGCGGCCGCUGACCGUCGUGCUGCAGGGCCCGGCGGGCAUCGGCAAGACCAUGGCGGCCAAGAAGAUACUGUACGACUGGGCAGCGGGCAAACUGUACCAAGGCCAGGUGGACUUUGCCUUCUUCAUGGCGUGCCGCGAGCUGCUGGAGCGGCCGGGCGAGCACAGCCUGGCUGAUCUGAUCUUGGACCAGUGCCCGGACCGCCACGCUCCGGUGCGGCGGAUGCUGGCGCAGCCGCAGCGGCUGCUCUUCAUCCUGGACGGCGCGGACGAGAUGCCCGCGCCAGGGCCUCCAGGGGCCGCGCCCUGCACCGACCCCUUCGAGGCUGCCGGCAGCGUGCGGGUGCUCGGGGGGCUGCUGAGCAAGGAGCUGCUGCCCUCCGCCCUCGUGCUGGUGACCACGCGCACCGCCCUGCCCGAGCGGCUGCAGGGCCGCCUGUGCUCGCCACAGUGCGCCGACGUGUGCGGCUUCUCCAACAAGGACAAGAAGAAGUACUUCUACAAGUUCUUCCAGGACGAGGCCAGGGCCCAGCGUGCCUACCGCUUCGUCAAGGAGAACGAGACGCUGUUUGCGCUCUGCUUCGUGCCUUUCGUGUGCUGGAUCGUGUGCACCGUGCUGCGCCAACAGCUCAAUCUGGGCCAGGACCUGUCGCGCACCACCAAGACGACCACAUCCGUGUACCUGCUCUUCAUCGCCAGCGUGCUGGAUUCCGCGGGCGCGGAGGGGGCCCAGGCGCAGGCCGAGCUGCGCAAGCUGUGCCGCCUGGCCCGGGAGGGCGUGCUCCGACGCCAGGCACGGUUCACGCCGGAGGACCUGGAGCGACUGGAGCUCCGGCACUCUACAGUCCAGGCACUGUUUCUUAACAAGAAAGAGCUGCCGGGUGUGCUGGAGACUGUGGUCACCUACCAGUUCAUCGACCAGAGCUUUCAGGAGUUCCUGGCUGCCUUGUCCUACCUGCUGGAGGACAACGGGGCUCCCGGGGCCCCGGCUGGCGGCGUGGAGACGCUCUUGCGAGCAGACGCGAGGCGGUGCGGACACCUGGUGCUCACAACGCGCUUCCUCUUUGGGCUGCUGAGCACAGAGCGGAUGCGUGAUAUCCAACGCUACUUCAACUGCGUGGUCCCAGAGCGUGUGAAGCAAGAUGCCCUACGGUGGGUACAGGAGCAGGGCUGCCCCGGGGUGACACCGGAGGGAAUGGGGGAGACUGAAGCCCUGGAGGAAGCAGAGGACCAAGAGGAGGAAGAGGAAGAGACCAGUUUCCGGCUAGAGCUUCUGUACUGUCUGUACGAGACCCAGGAGGACGCCUUUGUGCGCCAGGCGCUGCUCAGCCUUUCCGAGCUGGUGCUGGAGCAGGUGCACUUCAGCCGCAUGGACCUUGAGGUUCUGAGCUACUGUGUGCGGUGCUGCCCAGCAGGACAGGCUCUGAGGCUGAUCGGCUGCAGACUAGUGGCUGCACAGGAGAAGAAAAAGAAGAGUCUGAUAAAGCGGCUGCAGGGUUCUCGAGCCACCACAAAACAUCUCCCAGUUUCCCUACUGCGCCCACUCUGUGAGGCCUUGACUGAUGAGCUGUGUGGUCUCCACAGCCUAACGUUGGCUCACUGCAAACUCCCUGAUAUGGUUUGCCAAGACCUCUCUGAGGCCUUGAGGGCAGCCACUUCCCUCACGGAACUGAACCUUCUCCAAAACCGGCUCAGCGAGGCAGGCCUGCGGAUGCUGAGUGAGGGCCUGGCUUGGCCACAGUGCCCCGUGCAGACUCUCAGGUUGCACCUGCUGGGCCUGCAGAGAGGCAUCGAGUACCUGGUUGGUAUGCUCCGGCACAGUUUUGCCCUGACCACAUUGGACCUCAGUGGCUGUCAGCUGCCAGUCCCUACGGUGACCUACCUGUGUGCAAUCCUGAAACAUUCAGGAUGCAAGCUGCAGACACUCAGUCUGGCUUCUAUGGAGCUGAGUGAGAAGUCACUGCAGGAGUUUCGGGCUUUGAAGACAGAAAAGCCAGAUCUGGUCAUCAUACACCCAGCACUGGACAGCCAUCUGGAGCCUCCAGCAGGAUACAUCAGUGCCUUGUGAAGCCCUGGGGGCCAUAGUAGAGUGCAGGACACUGUAGAAGAGCCCAAAUGGAGAAGCCCUCCCCUAUUCCAAGAGCAGAACUCUGUCCUUAGCCUCCAGCAACUCUUUUGAGCCAAGAGGCCCUGGACAGGCAAGUGGGAGGCCCACACACCCAACCCCUUGAUCUCAGACAGGCCCAAGACAUUCCUUUCCCUCUAUACCCUAGGGUUCUCCCUCCCCCAGUCUCACAGCCAUUGCCACCUUCCUCUCCUGAGACCCUCUAGCCUGGCCACUCCCAGACAUCACCAUCCCCAGCAACAAUGAUGUGACCUACCAUUAGUUGAGCACCUAUGUGUGCUGGCAGAGUGUUGGCUUCCUUUCCAAAGGAAGCUUCUGAUGCUGUGGGACUCUUCUGAGCCAUCUCUCUAGAGGAAGGUACUCAGGGUCAGGCUGAGAUUGGGCUGCUGGAUUCUGGCCUACUUUUGUGUGCCUCUGCCUGGGCUUUGGUUUCUUCCCUGUGAAAUGUAGCCAGUAGAUUCUGUCUGAAUACUAAUGGAAUUCAUUAUGGAUUGCUAUGGAGGGCCCGCUCUUACCGGAUCCUCAUCUUCAGGGAGUAUGGAUGGAGCCAUACAAUCCUAACCGUGUAGGCUGAGAUAGGAAGUUCAUUCCCUGAGAAUAUGGUUCCUGACAUUAGGAUUGAACUACCCUGAGUUGUUGUGGCCUGAGUCCAGAGGCAUCCGCUCACUGAGAUCUCCAGGAAGGGGAUCAAGAGAAUGCAGACAUAGAGCAAUAGCCCAGGUUAGGGCGGGGGCUGUGACAUAAUGGCAAAUCAGGAGUCCCAAGGAAUGCCAUGCAAGUCGGGAGUCCCAAUACUCUGAUAAUCAAUUCUCCUUUGGAAUAAUUUCCAAAGUAAGUGUUAGCAGUCUUUUCACCCACCUGCUUGUUUGGGGCAGGGUUUACUCUACAGUUCAUCACUAAGGAAACUCAGUGGGCUGGCCUGACUACAGAAAGCCUGGAGGCAAAGCUUGGCCUUGAGGGCCAGGGCCAGCAGUGCAUGACCAGGAACUUUGAGUCCUCUGCUCAUUACUGCUGGACUUGGCCACUUCUUGAGGCCCCUGCAGGUGGGACACUUUGAGCCCUUUACUUUCCAGGGUAAAUUUCCUCCACAAUCACUUCAUAAAUUCGUUCCUUCAUUCUACAAAGCAGACAAAAACCCUGUCCUCCUUGAGUUGGCAUUUUGAC